AUGACAGAAUAUCGGGAAAACAAAACAAAGUUGUUCCCGAAAAAGAUAUCUCCUCAGUAUUGUCAGAAGCUUUGCAUUAUUUGCAAAGUAAGUCUCCUAGUGUGGGGCAAGUCUUCACAUCGAGUAGCAAGUCCAGGCAGUGCAGCAAGUCCAGGGAGCAUAACAAGUCCAGGGAGUGCAGCAAGUCCAGGAAUCGUAGCAAGUGCAGGAAGCGCAGCAAAUCAAGGAAGUGCAGCAAGUCUAGGAAGCGCAGCAAGUCCAAGAAGCGCAGCAAGUCUAGGAAGUGCAGCAAGUCUUGGAAGCGCAGCAAGUCCAGGAAUCGUAGCAAGUGCAGGAAGCGCAGCAAGUCCAGGAAGCGCAGCAACUCCAAGAAGCGCAGCAAGUCAAGGAAGCGCAGCAAGUCCGAGAAACGUAGCAAGUCCACCGAAUGUAGCAAGUCCCUUUCCAAGUUAUUAA